AUGCAUUUUUGGACCACUGCCUUUGUCUUUUGUGCGAUAUGGCCCAGAGCUUUGUCUGUGACACGGUACUCCAUAGCCGAGGAGAUGGAAAGGGGCUCGGUUGUGGCGAAUCUGGCUGCGGAUUUGGGACUUGAGCUUGGAGGUUUGGCACAGCGAGAGGUAAAACUUGAUAUUUUUCAUAACAAAAAAUACCUAGAUGUGAAUAAAAAGACAGGGGAGCUGUACAUUGUGGAAAAGAUGGACAGAGAACACCUCUGCCCGACGAAAACAACCUCCUGUUUUCUAAAGCUUGACGUUAUCAUAGAAAGCCCCUUACGUAUCUUCAACAUUGAACUUGGAAUAACAGACAUUAAUGAUAACGCACCACAUUUUCGAAGAGACAGAGUAGAGCUGGACGUCUCAGAAUCUGCAACACCGGGAGAGAGGUUCUCUCUGCCUAAUGCUGUCGAUCCAGAUGUUGGAGUAAACACGAUCAAGACAUACAAACUCAGUGCCAGUGAACAUUUCACCAUCGAGAUUCAGACUGGCAGUGAUGGAACUCAGUAUGUUGAUUUGGUGUUGGCCAAAUCUUUGGACAGAGAGGAGACAGCGGUUCAUAAUCUGAUCCUUACUGCUGUGGACGGUGGGGUCCCUGUACGCUCAGGAACGGCAAAUAUUAUUGUUCAUGUUCAGGAUACAAACGAUAAUCCUCCUCGUUUUGACAGGCAGACUUAUACAGUUAACAUGACAGAAAAUUCUCCUAUAGGAGCCUUGGUGAUGAAACUGAACGCUACGGAUAUGGACGAGGGUCAUAAUUCAGAGAUAGUGUACUCAUUCACCCUUUACACGUCAGAGAAAACACAGGAUGUGUUUGCAUUGAAUCCUAACACGGGAGAGAUAACUGUACAAGGCACUAUUGACUAUGAAGAUAUGAAAUUUUAUGAGAUGCACAUAGAGGCCAGGGACAAAGGGACGCAUCCAUUACUGGGACAGUGUAAAGUAGUCGUGCAAGUGACAGAUAUGAAUGAUAAUUAUCCGGAAAUUACCAUACAAUCCGUUAAAAACACAGUGGAUGAAAACAUCCCCAUAGGAAGUGUCAUCGCUGUGGUGGGAAUAAGUGACAGAGACACCGGCGAUAAUGGAAAAGUGAGUUUAUCCAUAAACCAGAACCUGCCCUUUAUUCUAAAUCAGACUUCAGAUAGACAGAUGCAUUACAAACUCAUUGUUUCUGCACCCUUAGACCGUGAAUUAGUACCUGAAUAUGAUAUAAUACUGACUGUAACAGAUGCAGGAACACCCCCCCUAUCUGAUAACGAAACCAUACACCUACAUCUGCUCGAUGUCAAUGAUAACGCUCCACAGUUCCCUCAGUCAUUUUAUACUAUACGUGUCAUGGAGAAUAACGCACCUGGAGCCCUGCUCAGCUCUCUCACUGCCUUUGACCCUGACCUCCAUGAAAACCAGUAUCUGGUUUAUUUCAUCAUCGAGAAGGAGAUAGCCAACACCUCCAUGUCCAUGCUGUUCUCCAUCAACCCAGAGAACGGAAAUCUUUACGCACUCAAAACGUUUGACUAUGAGAUCGAGAAGGACUUUCUCUUCCACAUCGAGGCCAGAGACUCUGGCUCUCCUCCACUCAGCAGCAACGUCACGGUGCACAUCAUCAUCGUAGACCAGAACGACAAUGCUCCUGUCAUCGUGUCACCGUGGCGUGCGCACGGCUCAGUGGUGGAGGAGAAGAUCCCCAGGUCCACCGACAAAGGCUCUCUGGUUGCCAAGGUGAUCGCCUUGGACACAGACUCGGUGCACAACUCUCGGAUCACAUACCAGUUCCUGCAGGUGACUGACGCCACCUUGUUCAGUCUGGACCAGUACAACGGAGAGAUCCGGACCAUGAGGAUGUUCAGCUACAGAGAUCCGCGACACCAGAGACUAGUGGUUGUUGCCAAGGACAACGGGGAGCCCGCUCUGUCUGCCACAGUCACCAUCAAGCUGGCCACAGUGGAGACUGCUGUCAAGGCCUACUCUGACAUGACUGAGGUGCCUCUGGAGUACGACAUCUUCUCUGACCUCAACCUGUACCUGGUCAUUGGUCUGGGCUCCGUGUCAUUUCUCCUGCUCAUCACCAUCUUGGUCACCAUCGUGCUCAAGUGUCAGAAAAGCAAGCCCAGCAAAGCGGCUCCUCCCUGCAGGAACAGUGUGAUCAGUGAGAGGAACUCCACCAUCGCAGACUCCACUCUGGUCUCCAACGAUGCCUACUGGUACAGUCUGUUUCUAGCAGAGACCAGGAAAGGAAAGCUGGUGGUCAGACAGCCUGUGCCAAAGGGCUCCAGAUACAUCGUGUCCAGCAUCCCGAGAGGAACAGGACUCACUGACACCAGUGACUCAGCAGCAUCCACUCUGCAGGUAAGGGACCAAAAUACACUCAGAUAUUGA